GUAAAACACAGAAUGUGCCUGUUAGAAGAAAACACAGACAUAUUUUUCUGCGUUUUGAAAAUGCGAAGCAGGCUUUUCAUGACUUCGCCCAGACUGCACACGCACCACAACUAAAAGCUCUUCAUCGGUUUCCAGUGAUAGCUUGCAAUGGACCAAGACUCACACUGCACAGCAGAAAGGGAACUGUUGGAAGCUGUAAGCAGGAUUACUACAUUUUCUACCACAAGUCCCUCUGAAGAAGAACAAAAUCAACCCAAAGCUGAAAUUUCAUGUCAAGUGAGAAAAGAAAACCCAGAAAAAGAUGACCCGCAAGAUUCCAGUGCAUCCCUAAGUCCCAACUCAUCAAUGACCACAAAGGAGCUUCAGGAAUAUUGGAGGAAUGAAAAAUGCCAGUACAGACAAGUCAAACUCCUUUUUGAAAUCCCAUCAACCAGAAUUGUAGAGCACCGCUUAUCUAAAUACGUGAUGUAUAAAAUCAUCAUUUUGCAAACAGGAAGUUUUGACAGCAACAAGUCUGUAAUUGAACGGCGUUAUUCAGAUUUUGAGAAACUGCACAGAAAUCUGCUGGAGGAGUUUAGUGAAGAAAUGGAAGAUGUGACCUUUCCCAAAAAAACUCUAACAGGGAACUUCACAGAAGAAGUAAUCAAUGAGAGAAAAUUAGCCUUCAAGGACUACUUGAGACUUCUCUAUUCUAUGAAGUAUAUCCGAAGAUCAAAAAAAUUUAUUGACUUUUUAACAAGACUGGAGCUUCAGGAAGCAUAUGGUUGCCUGCGGGGUGGCCACUACACCAAAGCUUUGGAAAUCCUUUUAGAAGUCAUUGGUCUGCAGGAAAGGCUGACGAGAGGCAACCCUGUUUCAAUUGUCCCUACUCUCUGUGCUAUCGUCGUGUGCCACAAGGACCUGGAAAAUCCAGCAAGUGCCUUUGAAUAUGGAGAAAAAGCUCUAUCACGCCUUCGUGUGCAUACCAGCCACAGGUAUUAUAUUCCUUUGUUAGAAACAAUGAUCACUUUGGCAUAUGAACUUGGCAAGGAUUUUCUGUCUUUGCAAGAAAAACUGGAAGAAUGGAAGGCAAAAAAAGAUCCCAUACGGGUUUUUACCCUGAAAGAACUUGCAGUUCGGGAGUAUGUACAAUGAACACAAGAAACAAUUCCAUUAAAGAGCAAAGCUGUCAGCUCUUUUUCUCCAAAUACAAACUCGUGAAAGAGUAAGAACUGGAAAUUACCUGUUUGGCUAACGUAACUUUAUAGUAAUAGAAAAUAAUUAAAUAUCUUUCACGUUCAAAAGGGACAUUAACAUUUAUGUUGGAAAAUAUUAUAUUUACUCUACAGAUAUAAGAAGCACCUAGGCUUAUUAAGGCUUUUGGAAAGAAAUUUGCAACAAAAAAAAAUCAUUUAUGAUUUGCUUAUUUUGAAAAUAGACUAUUUUGUGUGAAAAGUCAGAACAGGAAAAUACAAUUAAUAAAGCAGUUAUGAGCUUGCAGAAUCAGAGCCAUCAGAGCUCAUGUGGAAACUACUUCCUUUCAAGAAGAGAAGCAUCUCCUCAGUCGAUGCAAUCUAAAGGAUGCAUCUUCAGACACUGAAUGUAGUUUUUCACUCUUCCAGCUGAAGCCUGGUCAAACAACACUUGCCGUUUCUGAGAAUGAUGGGAUUGGUCCUGUUCCCACUGAAGUCAGCUGCUGUGGGUGGGAGGACCUGGGGGGAGGCUUACAAUCAGCUUUGGUAGGAGCAAAAAAUACAAGCAAUGAUCAUUCCACCAGAGAUGAGGGAAUAUGCUUCAUUUCCCUUUUGUAGCUGAUACAGUUUUAUGACUUGCACUGAAGGCAUAUUCUUGUUUGGGGUGAUCUUUAAGUACAGCUCUGACCAGGCUAGAAAAUUCAUACCACAUGCACUAUGUACAUAAUGGAAAGGAACCACAGAAGACUGCUGCUGAGGAGAACAUCUGGCUAAUAUAAUGCUAACAUUUAAUUCUGAUUAUCAAGCUGUGAGACACUUGGUUAACAAUCAGUCUGUGUUAAGCAUGUGCUUCCCUGUUGUCUUUCAGAGGUUUGUGUAAACUGAGCAUUGCCUUAGCUUUACAGCCUGGUACACCAUGCAAAUAUCAUCCUGGUGGCACUGUGAUAUUACAGUUAAUUCUUUCAGGGAUCCAACCCACAUAAACAAAUACUAAGCUUGUCUUGGCCUUGCACUCUUGUGAAGCUUCCUACAAGCUGAAAAAGUCUCUGUUUACCUGCUUCUGUAAUUUCUCUCAACUUUAUUAUUUCUCCCAUACACUUAUUUUAAUAAUCUGGUAAAUGAAUUCUCAUAAAUAUUGUCAUUAACUUGUCAUGCUAGCAUAGGUCAUUAUUCUCUGCUGAAUGUAGUCCAGUGACUACUUUCAGGCCUGUACUACAGGUACAGAUACUACACGUGUCACAAUGACACUGUCUAUAAAUUAAGAAUAACUGUAUUAACUUACCUCCCAGACACAUAAAAGAAUAACAUAAUCAAAAGCGCACUGAACCUGAAAAACAUUGUUUUGCAUUGUUACAAGAAGGAUGGCUUGGAAAAAAUACAGAAUAAUAGGAGUGUCUAGGGUGGAAAGUUAGUAUUUUAAGUAGCUAUUACAGCUAGGAAUUAAAUUCAAAAUAUGUGGAUUAUUUGUUAUUUGACAAUUAUUAUUUUUUCUAGUUAUACCAGAAGUAAGAGAAUUAAGGAUCGUUAAUUAAGAGUCUUAAGGACUAAUCUUCCCAUAACAUACCAUAUUGCAGGACAGUUAAAAUGGAUCGAAAGUAACACCUUAGAGGAUCAUGUCUGAAUCGGUAACAAAGUGGUGAAGAAGAAAGUAUGUCAGGGGUCUGCACCACACUCAGGCGACUUGAAGUUAAGGCAGAAAGGAAGCGUGGCCAUCAUGCCGCUCUAUCUCCUCAGCAGUUUAUGGUGAAAGACCAAAAGAAUAGGGAAAAAUAAUUUUCCCCCUUUUGCUCCCUCCCCUCAUUGUAUGCAGUGUCCCAGGCAUAGCUGCCUUGGAUUCUCCUCAGGUUUCUAUGAGACAGUACUUGAGUAGCUAAUUGCGUCCACAGACUCUCACCCUCUGGCUGACUACAGGAUUAGAGAGUCCAUAAGUAUUUGUCUAGCAAGGAUAAGUACCAGGAAAGCAGCACAUCAGAGAAAUCUUACUUAACCUUUACUUAUGGUAAUACUAUAACUUUCCAUCUCUGAAGGAUUAACCGAUCCAAAGCUAACCAAUUUUUGUUGGCAUGGCAGUGCAAUUAGGACUAUGAGGAGGUGCUAUUUGGCUAAGAGAAAAAUUUACAUAAUUCAAAAGGCACUAAAAUAAACAGUUCCAAAAACACCCACUGUUUUGUUGGUAUAAGCCAAAUUUCUUCUGAGAAUGCUUUUCCAUAAAAUGUACUAGCAGAGUUUUGUCAGCAAAACAGUCCUAGAAUAGGUCACUUUGUCCCUAUGCACCAGAAGGCAGAGGUCAGUCUCCUUGCAUUAUGGGGGAAAAUGAACUAAAUAAAUACAGGAUUGGUGUGAAGAAAGAACUGUGUGUUAGACAAUUCCUCCCACACUGAACUUCUUUAAUGCAGAGCCUUUUCAGUAGGGCAUCUCUGGCAACCAGUCAGCUACAAUGUCUUCAGAGCUACCUGGGGAGAACGUAUCAUCUGCCUCACUCAGAGGACUGAUUUCAAUUUCUGCUGCAUUAAGACUUCCAGUCAAGCCACUUCACGUACGAAUCCGCAGAGCCUACAACAUGUGUCAUCAAAUGGUCAAGCGUAGUGUUCAUAAAAUCAGUUUGUGAUUUCAUUACUAUUACAAUACAAGAAAAUUAAAACUCCCCCAACAAUUCAACCUCCCCCAAGCAAAUCAUGUAUGUAUUCCCUUCCUACAAACGCAGAGCCUGUGACCUUCAGAUUUACUAAUCUCUUCAGAGAUGACAUUGAAAAUUCCUGGAAAGAGAAAACUAGUAUGGUGAUGGCAAUAAAUGGGGACCCACGGGGCCUAGAUUUCACCUAGAGCUCUGCCACAGACUUGGUCUGAAAUUUGCACAAGUAACUUAACCUCUGUGCUCCUAAAGUUUCCUCAUUCAGGUUUUCAGUACUUACUGAACAGAAAAGCUGUGAAACUUGACCAAAUAUGUUAACUCCAACAUUUAGUUUAGAAAUGUGCGUUGGUAUGGAAGCAAUUUUGAUUUGUACAAGCCUAUUUCAUUUCUUGAAGAUAUCUUGAAAUGGAAGUGAACUUAGAGACAGUAAGGUGCCAAACCUGUGUGCUUAUUGUUGAUUGCAUAGUUUCUUACUAAUGCAGUCUUAUUUUAGAAUCUGGUGUUACUUUCCUUAUAGACUAGAAAAAUUACAAAAUUAUCUGUUUAUUGCACUGGACUGUAGUGAGACUAUGCUGGCUCAUCAGCUCCAUAGGCAAUCGGCCAGUUCUGAUUUCCUAGCUGUGUACUCUCAGAGACUGCUUGGACCUGCCAAAAGAAUUCUGCUUUCAUUUACUCAUAUUUCAAAAGCCAACUUCUGCAUAUUCUUUCUUACUUGAUUUUUACAGCAAAGUGAGUAUUCGGCAGUUACUUGUUAUUAAACUAAAAGGUAAGGGCAUUUCUGCUCUCAUACUGACCCUAUUAUCGUCCACUUGGAAUGACAGCCUGCAAGGACCGGGUUCCCUCUGGCUGUUCAUGUGACUUUAUCUUCCACAGUUAAAACUUGUAGCCAGGCAGGGCUGAUUUCCUGGCGGGAGUCAGAGAGGAUUAGUCUCUUUCCCUGUUAACAUUACCCAGUGCAGGGAUACAGUAGGGGCUGCAGAGCCCCCAGUCAUUAAUUGAAUUGGUCCUGGCUUUUUCAUAAGAUGUAUAAAAAUUAAACAGGUGCUCUCCACAUGCCACCACAUCUUGUUUUUUCUCUGAAUAAUGUUUUAAGAAUGGCUCAAGAAGGAAAUAGCUAACAUUUUAAUCCACAUCUAUCUGUCUUGCUUAUCUAUUGCCCUUCCCAAACUCUUGUCAAGAAGCCCUUAGAGAAAUGAUGACAAAAAUCCUUACGCACUCUCCAUAGGGUUUGUAUGCUGUCCCCGCAGUACACAUCCCACCUUUCCAGGUGUCAAGCCAGCAAAAGUGAACAGCACAGCAUCAGUGAAGCUAUUUUGGAAGAAGAAAACUCUGGCACUACCACACAUGCAAGAAUAGAACAUAAAUUAAGCAAGCAGGUGGUUCCUGCUUCCAGCCAGCCAUUUCACUUUCACUCUUCAUUGCUGUAUAAUAUUUGAGUGAUAAAAGCAUGUUUUAUAAAUAAAUCAAUUUUGUCCAUUUCCUGUCUCCCAAAACAAUGUGUGCUUUUUACA